GUCGGCAUGGUAGAUUUGUCCUUAACUGUUGUCCCACUCUCUCCCUCCUACUCCAAAGUCCAACAACAACUAUUUUCCAAUCAAUUUUUUCAGUUUUUGUUCCUCCUUUCACAAUAAGACGAGCAGGAAAGUUUAAAGCAAACAUCACACUUUCUUGAUUCCCCUCUUUCUCUCUCUAUUAAUGGUUUAGGUUCGCUUUUGUCUUUCAGUGAGGUACCCGUUUCUUGUUAUAAACUCUCUAGCAUUUGUUAGGUUACGCCAUUGAGGUCAUGGGCCCUUUACUGCACCGAAAAUUAAUGCAAUGUCUCUCUCUUUCAACCUCUAUCUCUGCAACUUUUUAGUUCUCGCCCCCUGUUUAGCAUUUCUGUUCUGGGUUCCUCUGGAGCAGAGAAUUUGGGAGUGUGCGUUUUGAUAUCUGGAGUAGAAAACCCAACAUUCUUUCGGUAUUUUGGAUAUGGGUUUCUGAUUUGGGAGAUGGGUUCGAAAGAUGGAGGAUGGGGGUUUUUAGGGUAAGUCUUGCAACGUUGCUCUUCAGGGAACACUGGGUUUCGUUUCUGGGUGUUUGUGAAAUGGAUUUUUUCAUUUUGUAGGUGAAGUUUAGAUGGGAGAGUUGGUGGGAUUGGGUUUCUAUUUCUUCUGAGUUGGAUUCUUAUUUGUGAAGAGGGUGACCUUGGAGAUGGAGUUGCAGUUACGAUUUUUCUGAUACGUACUCUGUGUUCGCUCUUUUAAGUUCAUUUGCGAGAGGUAUAGUUGAUCUACGAGGUUGAUUGUGAAGGUGGAGCGAUGGGUCAUUCUGUCAGAUUGAUGAACUUUUGAAUGAGGGGAUAUGGAGAGAGGGAUUCAACCACCAUUGGUUGAUACCACUGCGUGUUUCUGUAGAGUAGACGCAGGCCUCAAAACUGUUGCUGGGGCAAAGAAAUUUGUUCCAGGAGCAAAGCUCUGCCUUCAGCCCGACAUCAAACCAUCCAUUCAUCCUUCCAAGCACAAGACAGCUCGUGGAGAAAGGAGUCGGAAUGAAUCCCCUCUGCUUCCUGGGCUACCUGAUGACCUGGCGAUUGCUUGCUUGAUCCGGGUCCCACGAAUUGAGCACCAAAAGCUACGGCUAGUUUGCAAGAGAUGGUAUCGUCUCCUUGCUGGGAACUUCUUUUACUCCCUUCGCAAGAGCCUUGGGAUUGCAGAAGAAUGGAUCUAUGUGAUAAAGAGAGACCGAGAUGGGAAGAUCUCGUGGCACGCCUUUGACCCCAUAUACCAGCUGUGGCAGCCCCUCCCUCCUAUCCCUGGAGAAUACUCUGAGGCCCUUGGCUUUGGGUGUGCUGUUCUCAGUGGCUGUCACCUUUACUUAUUUGGAGGUAAGGACCCACUGAAAGGGUCAAUGAGACGAGUCAUUUUUUACAGUGCCCGGACAAAUAAAUGGCACCGUGCUCCUGAUAUGCUACGUCGAAGGCAUUUAUUUGGUUCGUGUGUUAUAAACAACUGCUUGUAUGUGGCUGGUGGGGAGAGUGAGGGGGUUCAUCGGUUCUUGAGAUCUGCUGAGGUUUAUGAUCCUAACAGGAAUAGGUGGUCCUUCAUUGCUGAAAUGAGCACUGCUAUGGUACCGUUCAUUGGGGUUGUCUACGAGGGUAAGUGGUUCUUGAAGGGGCUGGGUUCUCAUCGCCAGGUGGUGAGUGAAGUCUACAACCCUGAGACUGACAUUUGGUACUCAGUCUAUAAUGGAAUGCUUGCAGGCUGGCGGAAUCCAAGCACCACCUUGAAUGGGAAGCUCUAUGCUUUGGACUGCAAGGAUGGGUGCAAGCUGAGAAUCUAUGAUGAGACUACUGAUUCUUGGAGCAAGCAUGUUGACAGCAAAAUGCACCAGGGGAAUUCGCGGGCCUCGGAAGCUGCGGCACUUGUCCCUCUCAAUGGCAAGUUGUGUAUCAUCCGUAACAACAUGAGCAUUUCUCUUGUGGAUCUCUCAAAGUCCAUCAAUUUACAAGCUGGUGAUGGAGAUCAGCUGUGGGAGACUAUUGCAGGGAAAGGACAGUUUAAGAAUAUGAUCACAAACCUCUGGUCAAGCCUUGCAGGUCGUAACCGCCUGAAAAGCCACAUUCUUCAUUGCCAGGUUCUUCAAGCUUAAGAAACCCAGAUUCCACUUGAACAUUGACUUGAAGAGCCAAAAGCAUCCUUCAUAUGAGAGCUAUAUGACUUGCACCAUUUUGGAGUUGUGUGAAAUGUGAAAAAUAUAUAUAUGGAAACUGCAAAAUUGAUGGAGAUCUCCCCUGUAAGCAUGUUUUUACCUACAAUAGUCUUACAAUAUAAACAGUAAUAGUAUAUUUCCAUAUGUUAAUACAAGGAGUCUUGUUAUCUAAUGUAA